AGCUCUCGCAGCUGCAAACAAGUGAGAAAAAAAGCAAGCGGAGGAGGUGCUAGCAUAAUGUAAUGAGUUGAAACUGGGUUGUUUUGAGGAGUAAAAAGUUGUUUUAUUCACUCUACGGUUGACUGAACAUUGGACCUUGGUGUUCACUUGGAGUUAUACAACGUUGGGAGAAAUGUAGGGGCUUUGUGGCCGCAUUUGUCUUUGCCUUACGAUGGAGGAACCUGCGACAAGAGAGUCGGAGAUGUCGCUGUCAGACGGUCCCUCGGACGACGAAAUGCCGUUAACGUUACCCGCAGAGGGCAGCCACAGUGGGAGCAUCCGCAAGGGAUGUGAUCCCUUCGCCCAGACUCAGCGCAGUAAGCUGCAGCACCGGCGAGCUCGCAUCAACCAGCAGAUCAACAAGGAGAUGCGCAUGAGAGCCGGAGCAGAGAACCUGUUCAGAGCAACAACCAACAACAAGGUGAAGGAGACGGUGGCUCUGGAGCUCAGCUUUGUCAACUCCAACCUGCAGCUGCUCAAAGAGGAGCUGGAGGAGCUCAACAGCAACAUGGAGGUCUACCAGACAGACAGUGAGGCUAUCAACGUUCCCAUGAUCCCACUCGGACUAAAAGAAACCAAAGAGGUGGACUUCACAGUUUCUAUCCAGGACUUCAUCUGUGAGCACUACGGAGAGGACAGCGCUCUGUACGACAAGGAGAUUAAGGAGCUUAUGGAGCUCAGACAGGCCAUGCGGACACCCAGUCGUAACCAGGCCGGCCUGGAGCUCCUGAUGGAGUACUACAACCAGCUGUACUACCUGGACCAGCGCUUCUUCCCUCAACACAGGAACCUGGGUGUGCACUUCCACUGGUAUGACUCUCUGACAGGUGUCCCAUCGUGUCAGCGUACGUUGGCCUUUGAAAAGGGAAGUGUGUUGUUUAACAUCGGUGCCCUGUACACACAGAUCGGAGCACGGCAGGACCGCUCUGUAACAGCUGGCAUAGACCAAGCUGUAGAUGCCUUUCAGAGAGCUGCAGGUGCAUUUAAUUACCUUAAAGAGAAUUUCUCCAACGCUCCCAGUCUGGACAUGAGUGGUCCGUCGCUCUGCAUGCUGGUAAGACUAAUGAUUGCCCAGGUGCAGGAGUGUGUAUUUGAGCGUGUCACACUCACCACACAGGACACACACUUCACUUCCCAACUCCGCCUGGCGCAAGAGGCUGCACGGGUGUCAGACGUCUACAUGUUAGUUCAGCAGACCAUGACGCAGCCCCUGAUGAAGGACUACGUGCCGUUUUCUUGGGCCUCCAUGGUUCAGGUCAAAUCUGAACACUUCCGCGCUCUCUCGCACUACUAUGCUGCUGUUGCACUCUGUGAUCACACGUUGUCUGCUGAGGAGGACGAGGGUGAUGAGGAAGCAGAGAAGGCUUUCCUCCAGUUCUAUGUCAACGUUCCUCCAGGGCCAACACUCAGCCAGGUGUUACGAGACCCUGAAAGAAGAAGAAAGCUUGGUAAAGCUCACCUGCGGCGUGCAGUAAUCAGACAUGAGGAGGCCAUGCGUGUCCACAGUCUGUGUAAGAUCCUGAGGAAGAUGGACAUCCUGCAGGAUGUGCUGUCUCUCACACACAAACGCUCUUUGGACAAGUACUCAGAACUGGACAGAGAGGACGACUUUGAUGAAACUGCAGAGGCUCCAGAGAUUCAGUCUCAAACCCAUCAGAAACCAGAAAUCACUCCAAUCAACUUCUCUACAGUCCAAGUUACUGAUAUCUUCCAAAGACUGGGGCCUCUGUCAGUGUUUUGUGCCCGGGCUCGCUGGGGUCCGGUACGUGUGAUCUGCCUGCAGAGGAGAGAGGGCGGACUGGGUCUCACGCUCAGAGGAGACUCCCCCGUCCUGGUGGCUGGAGUGGUGCCUGGAGGCUGUGCAGCGGAGGCCGGCUUAAGAGAAGGAGACUACAUAGUAGCGGUGGAUGGACAGGACUGUAAAUGGGCCAAACAUGGCGAGGUGGUCCACAUGCUAAAGAGCUGCAGCGACAGAGGAGCAGAGCUCGGUGUGGUCACAUUACACUCCCACGAUACACAGCAGGUGGAGAGGAGGGCCAUCAUGCUAUCACUAGGCAGCGAUAAGGAAAACACUCGCCAGCGUCUGCUGGUUGGAGCUAAGGGCCAGAGCUCUGCCUCCUUGUUGAACUGGAACAGGAAGAAGAAGAGGGAGGGAAGUGGGGUCACCAAGAGACUAGGAAGCACUUUCAGUUUGUCUUUUGGAAGCGUCCGAGACACGGAGGCCAUGUACUGAGACGUGAGGCCAGAGGAACCACUCAGGGAAUCACAGCAGCGGCGCACAAGGUACGAUCAGGACCGCAUUCAGACUGCCGGUAGUGCUGCACCAGGAAGCAUCAGCAGGGGGGGCUGCACCAGGAAGCAUCAGCAGGGGGGGGCUGC